AUAUAUUCGAAUAAUAUGUAAAGUAGCACAUCGACGGUCCAGUAUAAAUAUUGGCGAACUUUUUGAUCAAUUCGCAGUCGACUGACAUUUUUCAUCCUCACAAAACAGAUCCACCUCUCCAUUUCAAAAAUGAAAUCCUUCAUGAUCCUGGCUCUCUUCGCCGUGGCUGCCCUCGCCAGCCCCGUGGAGUACAAGGACGCCACCAUCCUCCGCCAGAACCUCGACAACAUCGGAGUCGACGGAUACAACUACGCCGUGGAGACCAGCGACGGCAAGCGCCAGGAGGAGCAGGGCCAGCUGGUCAACCCCGGCACCGAAAACGAGGCUCUCGUCGUCCGCGGCUCCUACUCCUACACGGGCCCCGACGGCGUCGUCUACACGGUCACCUACGUCGCCGACCAGAACGGAUUCCAGCCCCAGGGCGCCCACAUCCCCCAGGCUUAAGUUGAUUUUGACCCACGGUGUAAGGAUUGGUGAUGUUUUUGCUGUUUUGGAACGAUGAAAGGUUAGGUUAAGUAAAGCUGUUAUUACUCUUA